AUGGAACCCCUGUCUCUCGUCCAGAACUUCCAGAAGCUGCAGACUGCCCUAAGGAAGAUUGUAAAAGAUGGUCUCCGUCUUGGAAGCAUCGAAACCGAAGGGACAUUUUAUGGGAAACGGUAUAAGUCCACCACCUACGGACAGAAAGAGCGUCUUCUUGCAAACACGGUCAAGGAGCUCUACGGAAGCUUUGCCGAGAAGAAUGUGUUUUGUUGUGGAGGAUUGGUCAAGCUGCCAGAACAUGACCUGAAAAGCGUGAUCGUGAAGCUUGUGGAUGGGCCCCCCCAAAGUUCCACGCUGCCUUCGUCCGCUACAGAGACUGGCCAAUCUGGACCAAACACUACCCUUGCUGAGAGUAUCACGAACCUCAUCCUCAAGAAUGUGAUUGAGAAGAGCAGCAUAGCAGGGUUCGGCGACCUAAAAGAAGGAGCAAACGUAGUCGACUACUCUGUCAGAAAGGCUUGGGAAUCCUUCUUCCAUCUCGAUUUCGACUACAGCUACAAGCCAAGCAGCAGGACCUACAUUCCAGGCUUGUCCAGGGGAUAUCUCGUCCGUCUGGGACUGGGGAGCCAAGGGCGGCUGGAUCAUUUGGAGUGGCGAGCAACGAUCGAAGCGGUCUCAACAAAGGCACUGAAAACGAAACGGAGCGUGGAAGAUCCGGAAUAUUAUACAGCAACUUUUACCGCAAAGGUUACAAAAGACGACCGUUCCCUGAAGACAACAGUCACUGCUGGCAAGGUCGAGGAGCCCCAGGAGGCUUAUGCUCACGUUGACCUUUACGACAAGAACGCCCUACAACUAUCGUACGAGUGCGAAUGUGGAGAAAGGGCAGCAAAGUCGGCCCUGACUUGGUGUGACCACGCCGUGGCGACUCUCGUUGCGUUGGUCGAUCCGUUGGCGAACAAGAAGCGCCCGGACUUUGAAUACAACAAGGCGCUCUUUUUGCAACCCAUUAUGAAGCACAUCCAAGAGCGCAUGGCCCACGGCGCUCGUAUCUCGCUCCUGCCGUAUAAGAUCAACGUCUACGGGGAAGGCGGCUUCUUCAAACGCCACGUGGACUCCCCCCGGGAUGUGAAGAACAUGAUCGGGACGCUGGUGGUCUGCCUGCCGUCAGAGCACGAGGGCGGAGAGCUUGUUGUGUCUCAUGGGGGGGUCGACCACGUGUUUGACUUUGCCCCUCGUUCCGGUGACCGGGAACGAGUCCAGUGGGCCGCCAUGUACGGCGACUGCGUGCACGAGGUCAAGGAGGUGAAGAGGGGCUUCCGGGCGACCCUCACCUUCAGCAUCAUCCAGGAAGAAGAACCGAAGGAGGAGGAGAGUCCCUACUGGAUUUGUCGCUCCGACCCCGAGGUUCCUCGUGUGCGCGACAACUUGUCAGAUAUUGGAUACAAGAUCAACGCCGACGUCGGCCAUUACGACCUUCCGAAAAUGGAGGAUGAGGUCAGCAGCGGCCCUUGGAACAAGCCCGAGGCGGAGCGCAAGGCGCAGUCCAUCGUGGAGGCCCUCCGAGCGCUUGACCCGGCCCCGGAUUACGUCACCAUCCUGCUGAGCCACGACUACACGCAGGCCAACCUUCUCCGCCCCGAGAUUCUCAAGGGGAGCGACUGGGUGCUGCACCAGGCAGUGGCCGGGGCUUUCCCGGUCAAGAUGCUGACGGUCGUGACGCGCGAUCACUGGAAUCUUCCGGAUGAAAGUAAUGAGGAUUUCCACGAGGGUCAGGGAGCGGCCAAAUACUCUUGUUACGCUUUCACGAAGGAGGACCUGGCGUGGCUGGUGGGGGAGGGACCUAAGCCGGAGUACAAGUGGGCGGCGUCCGCGGCCGCGGGCAAGACGCUGCUCGUCGCGCCGACGGCCGCGCAGAAGGCGAAGCUGGAAGAAAGAGAGAGCGGCUACUCGGGGAAUGAGUACGAAGAGGGCGGGGAAACGCUGAGCGUGUACUUCGAGGCAGCGCUAGUGAUCGAGAUAGCAAAGAAAGUCUGA